AAGACACUCGCUUUCGUUAACAGAUUUCUAACAAACUUAUGAUGCAGAAUCACUGCGCGGUGCCCAACUGCACUAGUGGCAAAUCCGAUCCUCAGCCGCUCUUCAGGUUCCCUCAUGAUCCAGAAAGGUGCAAAAAGUGGGUUGAAAAAUGCCAACGGCAAGAUCUCAUGGACAAAUCACCAGACCAGUUGUACAGAUACUACAGACUUUGUGGGAAACAUUUUGUUACAUCUUCUGCUGAUGGUGAUGCUCAGAGUACGGUGUUGAAGGAUGAUGCCAUUCCAACUAUCUUUGAUGCGCCAAGCCAACCUCAAAAUGGACAGGGGAAGCGCAGCAAAGAGAUGACCAAAGAUGAUGAAAAGGAGAAUAAGGGGAGAAAAAAAAUGAAAAAGUCUCAGACAGAGACAAAUAAAGAUGAUGCCCAGGCAAUCCCAGAGGAAGAGAAAUACAAAGAGUAUCUCAAAUCAUUAUUUGAAGUUCUUGUACUGUUGGGAGAGCAAAACAUUCCACCAAGAGGGCCUGGCGAUAAUAAACAGGACAGCCUUGGGUCAAGCAAUUUUCAGGCAUUGUUAGAUUAUCGCAUGAAUAAUGGAGAUGAGGUUCUAAAGAUGAAGUUCGAUGCGAACAAGGAAUACUGCUCAUCCACUCAGCUGAAUCAGUUGAUUGAGGUGUGUGAGAAAUGCAUCCGUGAAAAGCUCAAGGAGGAAGUUAAACAAAACGGCUUUUUCUCAUUAAUUACUGAUGAUUUGGUGAAGCUCUCAGGAGAAUGGUACAUCCCAGUCUUUCUCCGUUAUGUCGACCAGUCCAACUGUCAGCGGGAGAGGUUUGUUGGAUUCUUGUCCUUUGAAGGAGAUGAAGAUGCCCUGGCAGAGAAACUUCUUUCUGAAAUGACAGACGGAUGGGGCUUGAAUAUGGAACAGUGUAGAGGUCAAGCCCACUCCUGCUCUGGGACACAUUUUAGUAAAAUGAAAAAAUUUGCUGCCAAACUGAUGGAGAGGUAUCCAAAGGCAGUCCUUACACUAAGGUCUACCGAUACCUUGAACAUGUCACUGGUCAGUGGUAUGGCUUUGUCAGGCAUUCAGCUUGUCAUGUGUACCUUUAAGAAGGUUGAGUCAUUCUUGAGUCAGUCUCCUGAACUGUAUUUGGAGUUUGAGCAUGCCAUAUCGAUUUUCUACCCAGAGAAAGAGGAGAAAGCCAAUGAAUUGAAGGAAAUCUGUCGUACCACCUGGACCACACGGAAUGAUGCGUUUGAUGUGGCUGGGGAAAUCCUAGAGGCAUUGCUACUCUGUGUGGACAGCGUACAUGACAACGAGGACUUGAGGUGGAACGAUCAAGUCACACAUGACGCCUUAGAGAUUUCAAAAGCGCUCACUGAUUUUGAGUUCAUCAUGGCGCUGGUUGUCCUAAAGAACACUAUGACACUUACAAGGGCAUUGGGGAAGAACAUGCAAGGGAAAGCAACAGACGUGCAUUUUGCUGCAAACAGCUUAAAAGCUGUAUUGCACUCCCUGACAGAAGUGUCUGACAACCUCGACGUGUAUCAUGAGUUCUGGAACGACGAAGCUGUUAACAUUGCUGCUGCGCUGGACAUCCCAGUCAAGGUUCCUCGAUCAUUCUUAAGAAAACAUCAGUCAGAACUGGGAACCGUUCAGCCAGACAGUUACUACAAGGAGCACCUGUCUGUUCCUGUGGUGAACCAUAUCAUGAAAGAAGUGAAUGAACUCUUCUGUGAGAACCACCUGAAGGCUCUGAAAUGUCUGUCACUGGUGCCUUCCGUCAUAGAGCAGCACAAGUCCACUGAACCAGAUGAAGAAAACGUGCAAGUGUUUAAAGAUGACAUCCCUAACCUUGGAACCCUCUCCGCUGAGCUGCAUUGUUGGUGGGUCAAGUGGAGCAAAAAGGGCAAAGGUGAGACCUUUCCCUCUAGUCUCCAUGAAACGCUGCAGUUAGCUGACGUGAAGUUCUUCCCAAACAUGCUUGCAGUUUUGAGACUGAUCGGUAUCCUACCUACCUUGGCUCUGGAAGAUAGCUGUGAUGUUACACAUAAGCGCUUCAAGAUGUACACGCAGAACACGCCUGAUAAAUUCAAAUCAAAAAGUCUUGCUCUUUUGAACAUGAACUAUGAUGUUUGCUGUGAUCUGGAUUCAAUGGUUGAGGUCUACAUGAAGACAUACCCCGACAGAGAGGAGGUAGCAUAGUCAGUUGUGAUGUGGUAGUUAAACCUUCAGUCAGGGGAUCCACAGCUUUGUU